AUGUUGAGUUUCCUGAAGUAUACUAAGCCAUUUAAAACCUCAACCGUGCCAUCGAACGUUCCAAGGGCCAGUGACGACACAGCUUCUAAACAAGAUACAGCACCACUAUUAACAUCAGUAGUUGAAAAGAAUAACGUCACCACAGAAAGUACAACAGUAACAGAAUCUAAUAACGGUACCGAUAAGAGUCUUACAACUAUUGUACUCACUACAAUAACACAUAAUAUAAGCGAAAAUGAUAUCUAUGUAUCCGGUAAUAAAAAAAAUACUACUAUAAGCAAGUACUGGAAUAAGAAUUAUACAACAUUGGCGUUUAAUUAA